ACCCAGCGUUACUAGACGGAUUCAGCUGAAGCAGGUUAUCUCCAACGUAAAUACGCGGUUUAAAUGACAAGGUUCGAAGGAAGGGACGCCUAAACAAAAUUGAGCAAUAAUAUGUUAACCAGAAGUGAUGCGAUCCGAGUGGACCGGGACUAUCGGUACACCGGCGAGGAUGCCCAUUCCUUCGUACGCUGCUGUUUGUGCCGGUGCUAUACACCGUUUAUAUUUUAUGUCGUGUCCAAAAAGGCGCUAGAUGUGAUUGCCAACACAUUACCGCAAUCUCACAAUUUCUUCUGCGUUAAUUGUUUACCUAAAUCGUCAAGCACCACCACACUGUACCGCGACAGAUGCUUGUUUAACAGUGACGAAUAUUUGUCCAUGUUUCGCGGAUACGAGUAUUACAAUCCCUACUACGGUGUGUAUUACAACACGCCGCGCCUUAUCCUCACGGAGAACAUUCGGAUUCAUCCGGACUACAAGAAAAUAGUGCGCAAACCGCAGCCAGCCUUGGUGAAGAUGCGGAAGCUGUUCGGUGUCUUCCCGGCGGUGCAUCAGAUACCGUUCCGGAAGCACACCUCGAUGGCGGAAAUGUACUCCGAGCUGCGCAAAAAGUAUCGCGAGAUUCGCAGCACCUACACCGAUACCUCAAUCAACCAAACGUUCAUGGACACCUACUGCAUCACUGUUGAACGUACGCCGUCCGUCUACCAGUCGGUAAGGGAACGAACGCAUCGAGUGCGGGAAGGCGAAGGUGGCGGUACGGCUCUGUUUCCAUCCGACACGAUGCUGAUGAGAACUGUCAGCACGCAGGAAUCGGCCGAGCCGAGCACAUCGGAAAGUGACAUGGGCGAUGUCUCCUCGCUGCACAUUAGCUCGCAAUCGUAUGGGGAUGAUGAGCGGGAGAACCGACUGGCCGCGCUGGCCAGCCAACAGUCGGAGGCACGAUCGAUCGUUAGCGCGCAGGGCGGGCCACAGUCUAGCGGCUCAUUCAACAUUAGCUCGCAGGACGUUGAGCUGGAGCGGGAUCCGGAAUUUGAACUGCCCGAAAGCAUAGGAAGUCUGCUAUCGAACCAGAGCGUUCGGUCGAUCGACAGCUCGCUGCGGCUGGAUCAUCUAGUUACCCGGCGGCGUAUCCACGACUCGCAGGAAGCAGGACCAAGCGGUUUGCAGCAGCUACAAAAGCAACCACCGGGCAAGGCAACGACACCAGAGCCGAAGCGUCGACGCAUAUCCACCGCUACUCCCAUGAAUCCGUCCCCCGCGGAAGCGCAAACUACUCGAGAUGUCAACGUAAGACUGCCACGACUGCCUGGAGGAUAAUGAAGCGGUCAGCUCUCUAGCGCCCGUGGCGCAUUUAAUAGUUAAUUUUGUUCGUGUUUUCGUAUUCGUUUCAAACAGACUGACAGACAGUGCCAUGCAGAGUGAAAAAUGUCUGUUUGAAUGCCGUUAUUUCAUAUGAACUGCAUCAAGAUUUCAAUAAAGACUAAUUGAGACGUUUUACAAUGAA